CCACCACCAGGCCCUUUUCUUGCUCUCUAUAUCAAUGUGUUCUGUAAAUUUGCAUAGAAAGAAGGAAGCUCGAAGAAAUUGAUAUCAACUGUACCAUGCACACAGAAAAUCGCUUGGGAGGUUCAGAGAAGAGGAAAAACAAGUACGUGGAUUUUGGGAGCAUUCUAAUUAGCCGUAAGGCACUCAAAUGGAUAUUAGUGGGGUCCUUUCUCUUGGCUUCCUUCGCAGUUGCAGCCACCACCAUCAUCUUCAAGUCCUCGUCCAAGCACAAGCCCCAUUCUCCCCAUCCUGACAAUUACCCUAUUGCUCUCCAGAAACUCGUCAUCUUCUUCAACGCUCGGAAGGCCGGGCAUAAUCUCCGUCCUGAUAGUUACUCUGUUGCUCUCCAGAAAGCCCUCCUCUUCUUCAACGCUCAGAAAUCUGGAAUAUUGCCUGAAGAUAAUGGUAUAGACUGGAGAGGGAAUUCAGGAUUAAGAGAUGGGAUGAAUGAUACCAAUCUGAAGGGAGGGCUUGUUGGAGGAUACUAUGAUGCUGGAGACAAUGUCAAGUUUCACUUUCCAAUGGCUUACGCCAUGACAAUGCUAAGCUGGAGUGUGAUUGAAUACAGUCACAAAUACAAGGCCCUUGGCAAGUAUGACCAUGUUCGGGAACUCAUUAAGUGGGGCACUGAUUACUUGCUCCUAAACUUCAAUUCUUCUGCCACCAAAAUGGAUAAGAUCUAUUGCCAGGUUGGUGGACAUCAGAAUGGCUCUGUGACACCAGAUGAUCACAACUGCUGGCAAAAACCAGAACAAAUGGAGUAUACACGGCCAACACAAACUUGCAAGGCCGGACCCGAACUUGCUGGAGAAAUGGCAGCUGCCUUAGCUGCAGCCUCUAUAGUUUUCCGGGACAAUGAUGCCUACUCCGACAAACUUAUCAAAGGCUCCAAAACCCUCUUUGCCUUCGCAAGGGACAUUGGAAGACGGAGGCCAUACAGUCAUGGCAACCCUUAUAUUUCUCCUUACUACAGGUCCACCGGGUACUACGACGAGUACAUGUGGGGUGCCACUUGGUUGUUCUAUGCAACAGGAAACAUUUCUUAUCUUUCACUGGCUAUCCACCCUGGGAUCUCUAAGAAUUCCAAAGCAUUUAACAUGAUUCCAGAUUUGACCGUGCUAAGUUGGGAUAACAAGUUACCAGCAGCCAUGCUACUGCUGGCAAGGCUGAGGAUGUUCCUGAAACCUGGCUACCCUUAUGAGGAUAUGUUGCUGAGGCAUCACAAUGCGACUGGUCAUAUCAUGUGCUCUUAUCUUCAAUACUCGCCCAUAUAUCAGGUCUUCAACUGGACUCGUGGGGGAAUGAUCAUGGUGAACCGCGGACGGCCACGGCCUCUGCAGUACGUGGCCAAUACUGCUUUCUUGGCAUCUCUGUUUGUGGAUUACAUGAAUGCCACCGAUGCUCUAACUUGGGGAUGUGGCCCAUAUGAACUUUCAUCAUUACUUCUUCGAGGUUUUGCCACAUCCCAGGUGGACUAUAUCCUUGGUAAAAACCCCAUGAACAUGAGCUACGUGGUCGGAUAUGGCACCAAGUUCCCAGGACAUGUUCAUCACCGGGGUGCAUCAACGCCGAAUGAUCACAAAAAUUAUUCAUGCAAAGAAGGAUGGAAAUGGCAGAACAGCAAGAAUCCCAACCCCAACACCAUUACAGGAGCCAUGGUUGGUGGGCCCGAUGAAUUUGACCAAUUUGAGGAUAUGCGCAGCAGUGAUGAUUAUACCGAGCCAACAAUGGCAGGAAAUGCUGGACUGGUUGCUGCACUUGUAUCCCUGACCAACACUUUUGGCAAUGGCGUCGACGUUAAUACUAUAUUUUCAGCACUUCCGCCACUGAUCUCCCGACUUAGCCCAACACAACCGCCCUCGAAGCCAUGACCCUCUUUGUAUUAUGAGUUGUUCUGGUCUAGCGUGUCAACACAUUAGUUGUGCCAAUUCACAUCCUGAUGUGUCUUAAUGCGUCAAAACUA